UGAGGAUUAAGAUUCCACAUUGACAGGUUGAACACAUUACUGGAAGGUGGAGUGUAACACGAUGAAGCUCUGUGUGAUUCUUGUCCUUUCAGCAAUUCUGCCAGCAAAUGCUUCGUUUGUGUACAUGUUCACUGGACUGUCUGGCUGCAGUGACUCUGUGGAUGAAUCUGAAUUCUUCAUCGAUCUGAAUCACAAUGAAAUACUCUAUGAAGAUUUCAAGAUCAAGCAACAAAUCAACAGACUGCCUCCGUUUGUAGAUCAAAUCGAUAUUCCAGAUUUGUAUGAGACUGCAGUUGAUGACAGAGAAAGAUGUCUUCUGAACAUCGAAAAAACAAGAUCUUUGGUCGGCAGUCCACCUGAGGCCAGAGAUCCUCCAGAGAUCAGCGUCUACCCGAAACGCGACGUGGUUCCUGGAGAAAAAAAUAAGUUCAUCUGCUUCGUAAAGAACUUCUAUCCUCCACACAUCAGAGUGAACUGGACGAGGAACGGUGUGUCGGUGACAGAGGGAGUUUACAUCAGCCAGUUUUCACUAAACAGCGACGGAACCUUCAAUUUAUUCUCCACACUGACGAGUUCUCCGAAUGAAGGAGAUGAAUACAGCUGCACGGUGGAGCAUCAAGCUCUGGACUCGCCUCAGACUAGAACAUGGGAGGAACCAGUGGAAAUUCCGAGUGUAACUCCGACGGUGGUGUUUGCAGUGGGAAUUGCUGUAGGAAUACUGGGAUUAGCCACCGGAAUUUUCUUUGUCAUUAAAGCAUCGGGUUCCUGUUAAAAGUUUUAUUGGGCUCUGUAUAAACUCUGGCAAAUGGACUUGUUAUGUAAGCAAUAAGCACUGUGUGUGUGUGUGUGUGUGUGUGUGUGUGGUGUUACAGUACAACACUGAGUGACGGGGUGGUGUGAUGAAGGAGAGUUACUGUUACCACUUUGAAGUUGAUUAUUUUCUUAUAACAGCACAUCUCCACAUGGUUUAUAACUCUUAUACAGCCCCUCUUUUUUCUCUCUCUUGAAAUUAAUAAGACAAAAAUAAAAAAACACAACUCGUCAUGUUACCUGUCCUGAAGAUGUCAGAAAACCUAAGGCUACAGCUUUACCUCUGACACUGGAGACUCCUUAACUUUCCAUAUGUUAAAUAAACAGCUCCUUAAAGAAAUCUUCCCCACAUCAGUGAUUACACACGUCUUUAAUCCGUAUAUGUGGAACGUCUGCUGUACAAGUCCCUGCGAAUGAGCUGUUGCUAUAGAAACGAUAAUGUAUUUAUGGAAGUCAAGAAAGGCCUUUUUUUAGUUCUUGCUUUUGUGAUCUCAAGACAACAAAAGUUAUUUUCCAAGAUCAUGUAAUAGUACCAUUCUGGCAUUACAUAGUUGUGGCCAGUGGCACAAUAUAAUAUAUUGGUAUUAUGGGAAUUCUGCAGUAAUUACAUCCUAGGCAUUCCAAUUUUGCCGGAAAAUCCUAGUCAAGGCUAAGUGCCUAAAUUAAUUCCAGGCUACAAUCCCCUAGCCCAGAGACAUUCCCUUGAAAAUUAGUAGAAUUGAUAUUUUUCAUCAUUAAGUUUUUGUAUUUUAUGAUUUCAACACAAUAUUUUAACAAAUAACAAAGAGAUCAUGUUUAAAAUACAUUUCCAAAUAUUUUGAUAAAAGAACAAUUUUUCAUUAAGAUGCUUAUUACAUCAUUUAUUAAAAAUCAUAAAACCA